AUGCGGGCCGGCGCGACGAACUACAGCCACCAGGAUCGCAUUCUCCGUCAAUGUCUGGCAGCCGUCGAGUUUAGCAUAUACUUGCGCAAGUUCGUUAUAAAACGAUUCGGACUCGAUGACUGGUUGGUACUGUGUGCUCUUAUCGGAGUAAAUUUGUUCUCUGCGCUUGCGUAUACCAUCACGUACUAUGGGCUGGGACAGGAUUUACAGAACGUAUCCGUCGAUGACUUGGCUGUCUUCCUCACACUCGAAUAUGCCUCGCAAUGCGCCUACCUUGUGAUUGCAGCAGCAGUCAAAGCCAGUCUACUCGUGUUCAUCAUGCGCCUCUUCCCAACUCGGUUCAUCCAGGUUGCCGGAAAGUCCCUCCUGCUAUUUAUCGCUGUUUUCACAAUAUCUGGCACUCUGGCCCUGGUGUUUCAAUGUCGGCCUGUCCAGGCAGCUUAUGAUAAGACCAUUCCCAAUGCCAGCUGCUACCCGACUGAGACCUCAUAUGCCAUUCUGAUGAUGCAGGGAGUCAUCAUGUUUGUACUUGAUGUGAUGAUACUUGUGCUCCCAAUGCGACCAAUCUGGAAAUUGCAAAUGCCGUUAAAGAAGCGGUUACUUGUCAUAGGGCUGCUAUGUGUUGGGUUUACCGCAUGCAUCGCCGCUCUUGUGCGAUUCUCAACUCUUAAAUUUACCAACGACACAACGAACUUCACCUACUCGGCCUCGACAUCCCUUAUCUGGAUGGAAGUCGAGUUCAACCUCGGCCUCAUGUCGGGAUCUCUGUCCUCCCUACGGAAACUCUUUAAGAUUCAUGCACCAUUUAGUUCUGCCGAUGCCUCUCAAGGGGAAUCAAGCCAGUCCGCAAGCCUCGAACCCCCCAGAUCCCGACACAGCCGCCUCAAGGGCGGGAUCACGAAGAAGACAGAAAUCAUAAGAGUAUAUGAAACAAGUGAGAGCCAGGAGCAUAUUGCCCCGAUGAAUAAGAUUGGGUGA